AGGAAGAGAAGCCAUUUUUUAAAAUAAAUGACAACAUAAUAAGAAAAAGAGAUUAGAAAUGAAUCCAGAAAUGAUGCAGAUCUGUAGGAAGGCUUUUCUCACCUGUCUUUCGUUGCUGUUAUUGGCUGACACAGUGUAUGGUAUAGCAUGUUACCAAUGUAAUUCUACCCUAGAAUCCAACUGUCAAGAUCAGUUUGACCACUCAGAUUUAAAUCCCCAGAAAUCAACAUUAUGUCAAAUGUAUAAUGCUAGAUAUUGUGUUAAAGUUACUGGAUUAUGGGGAGGAAUUGUAGGAACUCAUAGAUUUUGUAGUUCGAGAGAUAUGGGAGACCAAUGUCAAGAUAUCGGUUACGCUGAUCACGACAGAAUGUACAGAGCCUGUAUUUUUACCUGUACCUCAGAUGAUUGUAACAGUUCUACCAUGAUGACAUUAUCUAAGUCUCUUGCGUAUCUCUGUCUUUACUCUUCCUAUUUUGGAAAUCUUUCUAAACUGACGGUCCCUUUAGAUCAUUCAACUUCAUUUUUUUGGCAAGCAUCUAAUUGAACAAAUUAGUUCUUAUUUCUAACUGACAUCAGCCAAUUUCAUAUCAUUCCCAGCAUUGUUUUAUAAAAAUAAACUUUGUAAAGAAAUUCUAGGUAUAUAAAAUAUAUCUAAAAUAAAUCAAACAGAACUUGAAUCAUGUUAAUACACAGAGUUUCAUGCUAUGCGAUUUUCAGACAACUGACCUAUUUUUUGUCUGUGUCCUUACAUCUAUAUCUGUUGGUAUAUUAUUUUUUGUGUGUAUCAUGUUAAUACACAGAGUUUCACGCUAUGCGAUCUUCAGAUAACUGACCUAUUUUCUGUCUGUGUCCCUACAUCUAUAUCUGUUGGUAUAUUAUUUUUUGUGUGUAUCAUGUUAAUACACAGAGUUUCACGCUAUGCGAUCUUCAGACAACUGACCUAUUUUCUGUCUGUGUCCCUACAUCUAUAUCUGUUGGUAUAUUUUUUUUUUGUGUGUAUCAUGUUAAUACACAGAGUUUCACGCUAUGCGAUCUUCAGACAACUGACCUAUUUUCUGUCUGUGUCCCUACAUCUAUAUCUGUUAGUAUAUUAUUUUUUGUGUGUAUCAUGUUAAUACACAGAGUUUCACGCUAUGCGAUCUUCAGACAACUGACCUAUUUUCUGUCUGUGUCCCUACAUCUAUAUCUGUUGGUAUAUUAUUUUUUGUGUGAAUCAUGUUAAUACACAGAGUUUCAUGCUAUGCGAUUUUCAGACAACUGACCUAUUUUCUGUCUGUGUCCCUACAUCUAUAUCUAUCGGUAUAGUAUUUUUUGUGCGUAUUUUUUAAUGUGAUUCAGUGUGAUCCCUAAUUAUCGCAUCUUGAUAGCAUUAUUCAAAAAAUAUCCGUUUUGGAUUUGGUUAAUUUAACAUCUACUCUAUUCUGUAUACUGCUCAUUAUUUUACAUGUAUAUAAUUCAACCUUUUAGAUUUAAUUUAGAGAACUUUAUAAAAUUCAUGAAUCAUCUCAUAUACAAUGUAUAUAUGGCUUCCUAGCUACUGACUUAAUUUUUGUCAUAAUUAUCUCAUUGAUGGUGCAUUUAAUGCAACGAUUGGAAAAGUCCUUGAAGCCCUAAAUUCAUAUCAAAAUACAUUCCAUUUUUUAUUCCAAUUUUGUAUUUUUGGGCUUCGAAUUUUCAAACAAAGUUAAAGGGAUUGUAAAGAGGUUUUCUAAAAAAUUGUAUGUGUAUCGAGGACACUGAUAGCUUCAUUUUGCACUAUUCCAAUUCUCAUUCCAACGUCUGUGGUUCUUGCAAUUCCAUUUAUGAUGCCACUGAUGGAGCUACUGGAAGCUACUAUUAAUAUCUGUGCAGUUCCUCUCUAGUGACGUCAUAAAACGUGUUAGUUUUAGUGGAAUUGCAAGAACCUCAGUCGUCUGAAUAAAAUUUGGAACGUGUAAAUUAAUGCUAUCAGUGUCCCUUUAAUCCUUGUGUAUCCCAUCAAUGGCUAUCAUAUUUAAGCCAAUUACGUCUGCCUUUGUUGCAUGUAAGACUAUUUUAGGUAGGGUUGUAUGACAGGCAAUCUAUGCAAUGAAUGUCUGCCUAUAAAAUUGUUGUACAAGUCCAAAUUGUUAUGAAAUAGGAAAGGUCAAUAUUCAUGUAUAAAUGCCAUAUCAUUGUAUUGUUACUGUAUAUUUUAAUUUUUAAAUUGCAUAUUUUUAUACCAAAUCAUAAAAUUGUUAAUGAAUCAUUUUGUAUAUAUUUGUAAAUGACCUUUUAUAAUAAUAUCUUUUUUUAUAAUAAAAUAACUAUUAAUAUGUAA